AUGACUACUAGGCCAGAUCACAAUGCCUCUAGAGAUAUCGAAGCGUGGUUUAGCGGUGCUGAUCCUGAAGAAAUUGCUUUCGAUACGCUAACUAUCAAUGAUCAUCGACAAGAACAAGACCAAGAGCAAUCACAUCAGUCAAAUCGAUUCAGUCGCUACACAUCAGAGUAUGUGAGAGGUUGGAGACAACCUAAGUUCCAACCUACUCAAGCAUACGAUAAAGCGUUAGCGAAAGAAAGGAUGUUAGCACCUGCAAUAGGAGGAAGAUCCAAGAAAGCUCAAUUGGGUUCUGUAGAAGAAUCAUGGGGAUCUCCAGCACCCCCACUUCCUAGUCAGCUCGCUUUAGCAGAAGGAGAAGAAGAGAGAAAAGGUAUGUUUGAAUUAGUGCAAGAUCCACCUUCGAGAAACGUUAGUCCAUUCAAAGAAGAUGAUGAAGAAUUACUGAUCAAGAAGAAGAAAGAAGAGUUUCUGACCAAUGCUAGAAGGGGAACCAAUUACGAACGAAUGAAGGAUCCCUCAGACUUCUUUGAAGGUCAAUCGUCCGUUGAUACAUUCACUGAGAUUGAAACUAAGAGGGGAAAACGAACACCUAAUCCUCCAAACCGAUACCAUGACCAACAUGCAUUAGAGCACAGUUCUCGUUCACAACUCGAUGACGAAAAGGCAGAUCACCGAGAACAUUUUGAUCGGGAAGCUAAAUCAAAGUAUCGAGCUCACCAUUAUCACGCAUUAGAAUACGAUCACAGUCGAAGUCAAAGUCCACAUGUUUACCAAGACCAUCAAGACUUGCUCUCACCUUCAACUCAAACACUGCUCCACAGGCACGUCAGUUCGCUAGAAAACGAACCUCAGACCAGAAAUGUCCGAAUUGAUAUAGAUACCCAACUUGAAACUUCCUAUGGACACAGUCAAAACUGUGGCGACCCUUGGUAUGAUACAGAUCGUCAUCCGCCCUCAACACAGACUUCGAUUGCACAACCAUCUUCGAGCCCGAACAUUGUAUCCCCAUACCGGACUGAGACAACACAGCAGGAUGAUCGUCCACAACAACAUUACAACCAGUCCGCAGAUUACAAGGCGUGGUUGGCACGUUCCAAGAACGGCACGAAACCAAGGAAGAGAUGA